AUGGCCAUCAUCAAAUGGAUCCCGAUCAUCUGUCAACAGCAUCCCAGUUCAGAGACUCGACUCGAAGGCCUCACAGCUCUUGAAGAGAUUGGCAACGUUAUCUCGUCGGCGGGACCCACCGAGCUGGGCUUGCAAGUACGGAUGCAAUUUGAUUGCAAUUCGCUACUGGAGAGGGCGAUGCUCAGGAUCGUGGACGAGAUGGGCCCAGAGGAAAAGCUCGCAAUCUAUGAAGAUGAGCCCCCGGUGCUGGCAAGAAUACUACGGCUGAGGGAGGAAAGGCGCUAUUGCCUACUCUACGAUAACAUGCAUUGGGUGGUAAAGGCACUCCAAAACCUAUCGGAUGCAUCCUAA